GUUAGAGAGAGACCAGGCGUCAAACAACAUGGUUGGCAUUCGGUUGAGUAUCGCGGCACUGUGCCUGCUUUUGGUGGCGCCACCCGCUUGGGGCGCAAACAUAUUGGGUUUGUUCACAAGUCACAGUCAAUCGCAUUUGAUAUUGCACAUGUCGAUGAUAAAGACGCUCGCGGAGAGCGGUCACAAUGUGACUGUGGUGAGCAUGGUGCAACCCACUGUGAUGCAUAAGGAUAUCCAUCUGAUUGUGAUACCUAUGCCAGAGGAACAGGAGAAAGCGCUGGACAACCAAAUGAAAGAGAUGGCUGGACAGAAGAACUCGGUUUUCAAUACGAUGACACGCCUGCUGAGCGGAAUGGGUAUUAUGAUUGAGUCCCAAUUGGAUUUGUUGUCGCAUCCACGUUUCCAGCGCAUCUAUGAGACCAAGUUCGAUUUGAUGUUCAUCGGCUACUUUAUCAAUGACUUCCAGUUGGGUGUUGCUGCCAAGCUGAAGGUGCCGGUAAUAUUUGCUUGGAUGCAGGCGCCAAUGACUGUCAUUGAUGACCUGAUCGGCAAUCCCAAAGAGAUAAGCUAUGUACCCAUUAUGGGAACGGCGCUGGGACCUGGCGAAAGAAUGGGUUUCUUCAAACGCGCUCAGAAUUUCGGCAUGGAUCUGAUGAUUAGAUCCUUAUUCUUGGUCUUCAAGGCACGUUCGACUAGCUAUUAUGAACGACAAUUUGGUAACGAACCCAAGGAUUUUCCCACGCUGGAGGAGAUGCAACGGAACAUCUCGUUGGUGUUCACCCAUAGUCAUUUAGUCAGUGAGGGUUUCAUCCGGCCACUUGUGCCAGGCUGUGUGGAAAUCGGUGGCAUACAAAUCAAGGAACAGCCGGAUUCUUUGCCCGAAGAUAUCGCCCAAUUCCUGGAGGGGGCGAAGCAUGGUGGAAUUUUACUAUCUCUAGGCUCGAAUAUCAAGAGUACGGCUGUUAAACCUGAGCUGGUGCAGUCAAUGUUUAAGGUGCUAUCUGGACUCAAGCAACGUGUCAUCUGGAAGUGGGAGGACUUGGAUAAUACACCCGGCAAAUCUGCAAAUAUACUCUAUAAGAAGUGGCUGCCCCAGGAUGAUAUACUGGCGCAUCCCAAUAUCAAAUUGUUUAUUACGCAUGCGGGCAAAGGUGGCAUCACUGAAGCGAGAUACCAUGCGGUGCCAAUGGUGGCCCUACCCAUCUUUGGUGAUCAGCCCACCAAUGCGGCUACCAUGCAAAAGUCCGGCUAUGGCCUUACACUGGAUCUGCUGCAGCUCAAUGAGGAGAACUUCAAGGCCCACAUUGAGGAGGUGCUCGGCAAUGAAAAGUACGCCUUGGCAAUAAGUCGCUUCUCGCAGCUGUACCGGGACAGGCCCGUCACUGCCAAGCAGAGUGUGGUCUACUGGACGGAAUAUGUGCUCAGGCACAAGGGUGCCCCUCACCUGCAGAGUCCGGCUGUGCACAUGACCACCGUUGCCUAUAACAAUCUAGAUGUUUACGCUGCCCUUUCAGCAGUUUUAAUCACUGCCUUGUUUUUGACUUGGCUAGUUGUUAAAUGGAUUUGUCGCAAACUGUGCGGCAAGUCCAAGAAGGAGAAGAAAGUGAAAAAGCACUAAUCUAAAUUAAUUUAAUUGUAUUUCUGUUUUUCGAAUUAUCAUAAUAAAGAUCGGAUUUUAAGCAAAUACAAUACUCAAA